AUGGAAGUAGCUUCCCCAACGAUGAGGAUCCUCCUCAAUCAUGAUGGAAGUAUGACGAAGGCUUUAGAAUCUCUAACUCUCCGGCCCAUAAAAAUAGAUCUUCUUUCAGAGACUGAAAUAGAAAACUCGCCUACUCCUUUUAUUGAAUCUCCAGCAGUAUUAAGAGAAACAUUACUUAUUUCUGGAGGAGAAAAACUUGUUCAUGCUGUUUCUUAUUGAAACAAAGAAAAAUAUCAGCAUUAUCUUUCAGAAAAUCCUGAAAUGCCAAUUGGAAAAAUUUUGAUAUCUCGAAGAAUAGAGCAAUUUCGAGAAAUAGUUUCAAUAGAAAAAUCAGUUCAAAGCGAAAGAAUUAUUAAUUUACUUGAUGCGAGAACUAAUGAGUUAUUUUCAAGAACUUAUGUUAUUUAUACGGAUGCAAAGCCCUUAUGUGUUAUCACUGAAACCUUUUCUGAUGAAAUUUCAAGGAUUUAA